AUCCGACACAAACACAAUAAAAUCCAAAACCAUUGCUUGGUUUUCUUCUCACACCAAGUAGGUCCUUUCGAUCCAGUUAUUGUGGUGGUUGUCCAAAUUGAAUGAUAACGUUUUACGGUUGCAUGGUUCCCCUUCGUUACCCGAUUGAUAGAAGAAUUUUUUUUAAAUGAUUCCAACGAGUAUUUCUAACUCUGAUCGGUUAUUAUCCUCGGCUAUUGCAAAAUGCAAGCAAGUGCUCAAGAGGGUAGAUGAUGAAUUGAGGUCUGCAAAACAUGUUUCUAAGUCGAAUGGGUUUGCGAGGGAGAUUAUUGAGUCCAAGAUUUCUGACUUGUGGGUGUCUCUCUUUGAUGAAGAAGUUGUUAACUUGUGGAAGUCUCUUCUCUUUGAUGAAGAAGCUGGUCAAGAACCAGCCAAAGUGAUCAAGAUUAGGGUUCUUCGAGAUCUUUUUCAGCCUAUUAUGGGCAACUCAUGGCAUUGCUAUGCCAACCCUAAAACUUCUUUGGGACAAAGCGAGAUGCAGAGAGUUCCUGUAUAUUCUCCUUACAUUCGGCAUGUGUAUUCUCCUCACAUUUUAGGGAAUGAUUUUGCAAAGCAGGAGAUGAAAGAGGAGGUUGUGCGACUAGGACUUGAGCUCUCGCUACAUAUGGCUGGAUCAAUGUUCUAUCUGUGUGAUGACGUUUAUAAUAUGUUACGAUUCUGCUACAAGUUAUUGGAAGAUGCAAGAAAGGACAUGACUCAUAAUAGUCCUGUGAUGAAAACAUUGAAAAGCAUGAUUGGUGUUAUUCAUUAUGUCACCACAAAAUAUAUCAAACCAAAGAAUGGAGUAUGUCAGAAUGGUGGCCAGUCGGUCCAGUGGAGACUGAUCCCGACGACUUUGGAGAGUUUUGGUACUGGAAUCAGAGACCUGGACCUCCUUGUUUCGAUUCUAAGAAGCGGAGGAAGCUAUUUGGAUGGCCGAGAGUUUACGUCUAGUAUUGAAGCAGCGAUGAAGGAGUUGGAUAAGACAUUGAGGUGGAUAAGAAAAUCUAAACCAUUCGGAGUAUACCAACAACAAGUGUUCGUGGAUCAAUCAGGCCAUGGAAAUUUCACGACAAUACAAAAAGCUAUUGAUUCUGUUCCAAUCAACAAUCGUCAUUGGUUCUUCAUCAACGUUAAAGCCGGUCUUUACAGAGAGAAAAUAAAGAUACCGUAUGAAAAACCGUUCAUAGUAUUAGUAGGAGCUGGGAAAAGGUUAACGAGAGUUGAAUGGGACGACCAUUACUCGGUUGCACAAAGCCCUACCUUUUCUACUCUAGCCGAUAACACCGUCGUUAAAAGCAUCACUUUCGCCAAUUCAUACAACUUUCCUAGCAAAGGGAAAAUGAACAAGAACCCUAGAACUCCAGCCGUGGCAGCGUUGAUAGGCGGCGAUAAGUCGGCUUUUUACUCAGUAGGGUUUGCUGGAAUUCAAGAUACUUUGUGGGACUCGGAUGGUAGGCACUACUUCCACCGGUGUACCAUACAAGGUGCGGUCGAUUUCAUCUUUGGUAGUGGCCAAUCUAUCUACCAGAGCUGUGUGAUACAAGUGUUAGGUGGGCAGCUAGAACCGGGGCUAGCGGGUUACAUAACGGCUCAAGGACGGACCAACCCGUACGAUGCAAAUGGAUUCAUCUUCAUCAACUGCCUUGUAUAUGGAACGGGCAUGGCCUUCUUGGGCAGGCCGUGGCGCGGUUACUCUCGAGUGAUUUUUUACAACUCGAACCUGACCGAUGUAGUUGUUCCUGAAGGAUGGGACGCAUGGAACUUCGUGGGCCACGAAAACCAGCUGAUCUUUGCAGAACAUGGAUGCUUUGGAAGUGGAGCAAAUACAGGAAGACGUGUGAAGUGGGUUAAGAAGCUUAGUGGAUCUGCCAUUCAAAAUUUGGCUGAUCUCAGCUUUAUUAAUCGUGGUGGAUGGGUUGAAGAUUUGCCCAUCCCUGCUUGAUCUCUCCUAAUUUGCUUCUAGUUUUUUUUUUUAGAUUUCUUAUUGAUCAUUCUCUUUUUAUUUAGUUUAACCAAAUGUAGUAAUUUGUUAUGUUUUAUGUUCUUUUAGCUUGACAUUGACAUUCUAAAUAACAAAACAUUUCAGAG